AUGAGAAAUGUGAAAGAUACUUCAAAAGAAAUUCCUGCAUAUAUGAUUGCAGAUAAUAACAAUGAAACAAAAGAGAAUAUUUCAGAAGUUGUCCCUAAAGAUAAUGAAACUAUUUCAGAUAUUCAUGAAGAAGAUAUCAAAAAACUGCUUACUAAUAAUCCUGCAAAGUUGGUUGACGAAAUAUCUGAAAACCAAAGCUCUUUUUUAAUAUGGAAAAAUGAAU